CCUAAACAAUAUGUUGGGGAAAUUAGGUGUCUCUCUUUGGGAAGUCGAGUUUUAAAAAGCUCGGGCAGACCAUGAUAUGACGACUUCACUGAUCUUGCAUCCACGCUGGGCGGAUACCUUCAUGUACGUGUAUGAGGAAAACCCGAAUGAAAAUAACCAGAAUAAAAUCCCAGCCAUGGAAGGGCUAAGUGGGAACUGUCCAGCGAGCCACUGCAGGGAUUUAAUCACUCACCCGGUAUUGGGUCGUCAUUCCAGCACCAUUGGAACUCACCAGGGUUCUGUCUACACGGAUAUACCUGCUCCAGAUGCCGCUAGGCAAUGCCCCGCACCACCAGCCUCGUCCAACGCCACCUUGGGCUAUGGCUAUCCUUUUGGAGGCAGCUACUACGGAUGUCGAUUGUCCCACUCCCACAACGUGAACUUACAACAGAAGCCUUGUUCCUACCACCCCGCUGAAAAAUACCCCGAGCCCAGCGGCUCCCUCCCCAGCGAAGAACUAUCCUCAAGGGCCAAAGAGUUUGCUUUUUACCCGAGCUUUGCUAGCUCUUACCAGGCAGUCCCUGGUUAUUUGGACGUAUCAGUGGUCCCAGGUAUCAGUGGCCACCCAGAACCAAGGCACGACACGCUGCUUCCCAUGGAAGGAUACCAACACUGGGCUCUUUCCAAUGGUUGGGACGGGCAGGUCUAUUGCUCGAAAGAGCAGUCACAAUCCACCCAUCUCUGGAAAUCACCUUUCCCAGAUGUCGUACCUCUGCAGCCAGAAGUGAGCAGCUAUCGUAGGGGCCGAAAGAAAAGAGUACCAUACACGAAAAUCCAGCUGAAAGAAUUAGAAAAAGAAUACGCCGCCAGCAAGUUCAUUACCAAAGAGAAGCGAAGAAGGAUUUCUGCGACCACUAAUCUUUCCGAGCGCCAGGUCACUAUCUGGUUUCAGAACCGGAGGGUGAAAGAGAAAAAGGUCGUUAGUAAAUCUAAGACACCUCACCUUCAUGCUACCUGACAAAGAAAUCUUUCAAGAAGGGGAAAAAGAAAAGAAAAGGGAUGGGGGGAAUGAACAAACAAAGAAAUACAAAUAUUUAUCUGGUAAAUUUGUAUAAAUAAGAAUAUGCAUUCGAACUCUUGGAUGAUUAGUUUGAUUAUUUAAAAACACCGAGGGAGGGGGGGGGAAUUAACCGCCAUUUUUGGUUUAUUCUUCUGUCCAUGUAUUGCCGUCUUUAACUGUGAAUCCGGUCGCCCUUCUUCAACAUCCAUUUUGAUAUGGUUUAACUGUGCAUAUUUAACAAAGGAGAAAGAGAAAGAGAGAGCGAGAAAGAGAAAACACAUAUAUGUAGAUUUGUUACGUUGGGAUUCUGAAUGGCUCUGUAUUAUAGUCCAAACUUUCCCCUUGACACUGAGAUCAAAGAUUUCCCAUUUCUUUGGCUGUUUUUGUCUCUGAUGUUAAAAAUAAAUAAAUAUAUAUAUAUAUAAAUAUAUAUAUGAAGAACGUAUUAACAGCGUUUGCAAGAAAGAUACCCUAGAUUUCUUUUGUUUCUUUUACGGUGUAAGAGAGAGAGAGAGAGAUAAGGCUGCUAUCCUACAAUAUUUGUUGUUGGUGUUCUCCUGUUUUUCGUCUGUAUUACUUAAAGCACACAAGCCAAUAAUUUUUAGUCUCUCCUGAAUUUUAAGUGACAGGCUAUGUAAUUCCUUGGGAACGAUCAAGCCAAAGGCAGUCGGUUCUAAGAUCCCUUGAUAUUGAUGGGAAGAAUGAAGCAUGUGCUUAACGCUCCCAUUGAUAUGAAUGGAAUUUUAAAAUGCCUAACUCUGGCUUGAUCGUGCCUCUUAUAUGAUAUUUCAUUUUUUAUUUUCCGGAAUAUGUUCUCAGUGGGGUUGAUUUAUCAAUUUUUUUUUGUUUUCACCACAGAACUGGAAUGUUUAUGCUCCAUCGAGCGUACGGAAAGUGCGCGGUAUUGCUCUGUUGCUGUUUUUCUAUAUCGCGUUAGUUCAUUAAGAGCAGUCAGUGUUCUUUCGCCACGUUAAAACCAUCCAUUUCCAUAUUUUUUUAAGAAAAUGUCUUGUAUAUGUAUAUAAUGUGGUGUCCGAAUGAUAUGUACUGAAUGCAGAAAUACAUUUCUUAAA